AUGAGCUUCCCCAAGAAAUCGGCCACCAAAUGCAAGAGCAAGAGCAGCGUCGACAGCAAAAACGAACAAAAUAGGAGCGAAGAGGCGAAGAGAAAUCACCACGGAGUCUCGGUGCUCCUCGUCAUCCUCCAUGUCCAGGAAAAUAACCACCAAAUGCAAGAGCAAAAGCAGCAGAGGCAGCAACCAAAACGAACUAAACAGGACCGAAGAGGCGAAGAGAAAUCACCAUGGAGUCUCGGUGUUGUUCGUCCUCCUCCAGGAAAAUUACCACCGAAUGCAAGAGCAAAAGCAGCGGCGGCAGCGACAAAAACGAACGACGCAGGAUCGAACAGGGUGAACAGAAAUCGCGACGGAGCCUCGGCCCUGUGUACCAACUUGAAAAAAGCCGACGCAACGCAAGGGACACGAGACGGGAGCAGGCCCGAAGCAAAAUCCGCACGCACAGAAAAAGAGGCAUCGACUCUCGAGAUUCAGGAAGCGCAGCCCUCUGCUCGAUCAGCAGCGCCCAAACAGCAACGAGAAGGACCGAGGACAGAAACCCCACCACCACCACCACCGCAUGAUGCAACGAAGCAAGAACCGAGCAGAGGCGGUGACGAGAGGAGGAGGAGGAGGAAGAAGAAUCUUACCCUGCAGGUGCGGAUGCGGGGGUUUGGGUUUCUGGGGUUUAGGUUGGACGCGGACGAAACCAGAGAGGGGAUGGGGAGGGGAAAUGCAGGUUGA